CGGCCCGCGGCCCCGCGCCAGGUGCAUUCCCGGGCACGCUCCGCCGCUACCGGGGCGCCGCGAUGGAGCCGCACCGGCACCGGGAGCGGCUCCGGGCGCUGCUGCUGCUGCUGCCGCUGCUGCUCCGCGCCGCCGCGCCCGGCUCCGCGCAGGCAGUGUGCGCGGGGACGCUGAACGGGCUGAGCGUGACGGGGGACGCGCAGCACCAGUACCAGACCCUGCACAAGAUGUACAACAACUGUGAGAUCGUCAUGGGCAACCUGGAGAUCGUCCUCAUCGACCACACCCAGGACCUCUCCUUCCUCCAGACCAUCCGGGAGGUGACCGGCUACAUCCUGAUCGCCAUGAACGUGUUCGCGGCGCUGCCGCUGCAGAACCUGCGCGUGAUCCGCGGCACGCAGUUCUACGAGGAUCGCUUCGCGCUCUUCGUGCUGCUCAACUACAACCCCAACACCACGCACGCCCUGCGCCAGCUCGGCCUCAACCAGCUCACCGAGAUCCUGGCGGGGGGCGUGUACAUCGAGAAGAACGCGCAGCUGUGCCACGUGGACACCGUGGAGUGGAGGGACAUCAUGAGGGACACGCGCCUGGAGCCGCUCGUGAGGGACAACGGCCGGGGCUGUGCCCCAUGCCACGAGAGCUGCGGCGGCCACUGCUGGGGGCCGGGCCCCGAGGACUGCCAGAAACUGACCAAGACCAUCUGUGCCCCGCAGUGCAACGGGCGCUGCUUCGGCCGCGCGCCCAACGAGUGCUGCCACGAGGAGUGCGCGGGCGGCUGCACCGGGCCCCUGCGCACGCACUGCUUCGCCUGCCGGCACUUCAACGACAGCGGCGCGUGCGUGCCGCUGUGCCCGCAGCCCCUGAUCUACAACAAGCUGACCUUCCAGCUGGAGCCCAACCCCGACACCAAGUACCAGUACGGGGGGGUCUGCGUGCGGGAGUGCCCCCACAACUUCGUGGUGGACCAGAGCUCGUGCGUGCGCGCCUGCCCCAACGACAAGAUGGAGGUGGAGAAGAACGGGCUGAAGAUCUGCGAGCCCUGCGCGGGGCUGUGCCCCAAGGCCUGCGAGGGCACCGGCGCCGGCAGCAAAUACCAGACCGUGGACUCCAGCAACAUCGACACCUUCAUCAACUGCACCAAGAUCCUGGGCAACCUCGACUUCCUCAUCACGGGCCUCGAGGGGGACCCCUGGCGCAACAUCUCGGCGCUGGACCCGGAGAAGCUGAACGUGUUCCGGACGGUGCGGGAGAUCACGGGGUACCUGAACAUCCAGUCCUGGCCCAAGCACAUGCACAACUUCAGCGUCUUCUCCAACCUGGAGACCAUCGGGGGAAGGAGCCUGUACAA